ACAAACGCGCUUCUGUUCCUGCCUAAAGUUUGUUCCUCUGUGCUGCGUGUUUAGCUUUGCAUUGACCUCAUGAAAUACAAGACAACAUUCAGAUACACGGUACAGUUGUAUUAUAUAACAUCAGACACAUUCAUCAGAAGCUAACCGACUUUCUCUGUGACCGUUAGUAACGGUAGCGUUGCUAACAUUGUGGAUGUUUACAGCAGUGACACUCGGUGUCAGGAUCAAUGGCGUCCUGUUUGGCAGAGACCAUAGAGCUCCUUCAGUAGGCCUUUUCCUGCUUGGACUCUCUGCAGCAGUUUGCAUCUUGCAUCCCUCCAGCUCAUACCUGACCUCCCUCCAGAGAGAAGCAGAGUGGGCCAGCGAGGUUUUGGCUCCAGCGCUGGUCUCUUUCGACUUCCUGUGGCUCAGUCAAGACCACAACACAGCGCAUGUUCUCAUGUGUGGCUCUUGCCUGCUGCUGGGGCUGUGUGACUGGCUCUCAGCAGAUGCUCUCACAGUGAUGACUCGCUGCCUGGGCCUGUCCUCCUUGUCCUGCUGCCUCACAGUGUGUCUUUUUGCUGGUAAUGCUCUAGGGGCCCUGAGCGGUGUGGCCCUCAGUCUGCCCUUGCUUGUGACCCCACAGGUUGGAACAAACACUUUUGCUCCACUCAUUUCUCCAGCUUCCUCCGAGGGACUGAUGAAGUGGUUUUUGAAAGGGACGAUGUCGAUAGGCUGUUGGGCCUCAACGAAGGCCCUUGGCAAGUUUCUGUUGGAUGUGACUGACCGAUGUAACAUAGGAAUUUAUUAAAUCAGUAAAUAUC